CCAGAGUGGAGCCCGCAGAGCCGGCUCGUAUAGUCGUUGAUUCAGUCAGUCACUGAGGCAGUAGAUUAAAAGCCCAGCCGAGUGUAGAAAACAAGGCUGAGAAAAGGAGAAACACACACUCCUGUUUUACUUCUGAAUUCAAGUUUUUUUCUGCGAAAGAGGAGGCAGUUUUGUGAGUUUGACAGGGAGAGAAAAGGAAGACGAAAUCUGAGAAAAAGCGGCUCUUCUCUUCACUCGAUAACCAUGCUGCUCCUGGACGAAUCAGAAUCAUUCGCUGACCAGUCCCACAGCGCCCCCUUCAGCUCCGAGAAUGAGGCUCAGGGAGGCGACUCGGCCGCAUGGCAGUGUACCCCUCCCCCAUCUACCUCACCUUCAGGGGAGACGCCGGCCCACCCUCCUCCAUCCCAGGCCGCGUCCAGACCCCGCUCCAGGCCGGCCAGCCAAAGCCCCUCCCCUCCCUCCGCCCUGACAGGAACCAAGAAGAGGAGCUCCAAACCAACACACAUGAGACGUAACAUCAGGAAAUUACUGAGGGAGCAUCAGUUGGAGACAGGGACCAAAGCCGCCCAGCAGGACGAGUUGGAGAGGAGGCGACGUCUGGAGCAGCAGAGCAAACAGGAUUUCCCCGUACCACUGCUGCCUGAAUACACAACUGACGAUGUGACAAAGCAUGUCUCGUCAUCGUCAGCAUCAACAGCCUCACAGCAAGAAGUGAAGUCAGCCAGACAGGAAGUGAUCUGCCUGGACUCCAGCAGCACGGGCAUCAGCGAAGAUGACAGCAAGACUAAUGUACCAACCGCCGCUACCACAGAGCACUCGUGCAAAACAGAUGUGAUCAAUCUGAGCUCGAGCGAGGACGACACCGUCGUCCACGUCAGCAGCAAAUCCACCACUAAAGAAGAGGAGAGCGAGCCGAGCGGCGCGCACGUCAACGACUCUUUGAACCAACCGGACACCCGGGGCAGGGUGCUGGUCAACUUGAACCAUCCGGCUAAAGAGAAGGACAUUUUCCUGUCGUCUCAGCUGGCACGAGCAGUCAAACCCCACCAGAUCGGUGGCAUCCGUUUCCUGUACGACAAUCUGGUGGAGUCGGUGGAGCGGUUCGGCAGCAGCAGCGGGUUCGGCUGCAUCCUCGCUCACAGCAUGGGCCUGGGCAAAACACUCCAGGUCAUUUCCUUCAUCGACGUCCUGUUCAGACACACCAAGGCUCACACCGUGCUCGCCAUCGUACCUGUGAACACGCUGCAGAACUGGCUGUCAGAGUUCAACAUGUGGGUCCCGCCCCCGGAGGCGUUACCUCCAGACACUGACCCGGGACUGGUGACGGCCCGUGCCUUUAAGGUUCACAUCCUCAACGAUGAACACAAGAACACAACGACCAGGGCCAAGGUGGUGGAGGACUGGGCACGGGAUGGAGGGGUCCUGCUGAUGGGCUACGAGAUGUACCGCCUCCUGUCGCUGAAGAAGAGCUUCGUAUCUGGGAGGAAGAAGAAGAGCAAGAAAACAUCGGGACCUGUCGUCAUCGACCUGGACGAAGAGGACAGGCAGCAGGAACUACUCAAAGGUAUUGAGAGAGCCCUGGCCCGUCCUGGUCCAGACGUUGUGAUCUGUGACGAGGGUCAUCGCAUCAAGAACUGCCACGCUAGCACGUCGCAGGCUCUGAAGAACAUCCGUACCCGACGCCGCGUGGUCCUGACGGGCUAUCCGCUCCAAAACAACCUGAUCGAGUACUGGUGCAUGGUCGACUUUGUCCGACCAGACUUCCUAGGUACGCGGCAGGAGUUCAGUAACAUGUUUGAGCGCCCCAUUCUCAACGGGCAGUGUGUGGACAGCACGCCUCAGGACGUGCAGCUGAUGAGGUACAGGAGCCACGUCCUGCACAGCCUGUUGGAGGGCUUCGUUCAGAGGCGAGGUCAUGACGUCCUGAAGGAUCAGCUGCCCUCUAAAGAGGAGCAUGUGAUCCUGGUGCGCCUGUCUCCCCUGCAAAGGGCACUCUACACAGAGUUCAUGAACCGUUUCAGAGAGGCAGGAAACACCGGCUGGCUCAGCCUCAACCCGCUGAAGGCUUUCUGCGUCUGCUGCAAGAUUUGGAACCAUCCAGACGUGCUGUACGAAGCCUUACAGAAGGAGAACCUGGCCAGCGACCAGGACUUGGACCUCGAUGACAUCACCUCCACAGGUCCCGCCCGUUGUCCGACGGCACCCAAUCAAAAGUCCAAGUCCCUGGAGAACCCGAACCCCAUCGGUGGGCUGAGUCUCAACCAGCUGCAGGAGAAAGCCAACCAGGUCAUCACUUACGAAUGGGCCAAGGACAUCAUGUACGAUUACAAGCCCGGCAUUCUGGAGAACUCUGCAAAAAUGGUGCUGCUGUUCCAUCUGAUCGAGGAGAGUGUCAGGAAGGGAGACAAAAUCCUCGUCUUCAGUCAGAGUCUGUCCACACUGACAGUGAUUGAGGAAUUUCUGGCGAAGAGACCAGUGCCUCCAUCGCCAAACACGUCCAGCAGAGACAGACCCAACCAGAACUGGGUCCGCAACCUCAACUACUACAGACUGGAUGGAAGCACAACGGCGUCAGAGAGAGAGAGACUGAUAAACCAGUUCAAUGACCCAUCCAACACCUCAGCGUGGGUCUUCUUGCUGUCAACCAGGGCUGGUUGUCUGGGCGUAAAUCUUAUUGGAGCGAACCGUGUGGUGGUGUUCGACGCCUCCUGGAACCCGUGCCACGACGCCCAGGCCGUGUGCCGCGUCUACCGCUACGGUCAGAGGAAGCCGUGUCACAUUUACCGCCUGGUGUGUGACUUCACGCUGGAAAAGAAGAUCUAUGACCGCCAGAUCUCCAAACAGGGCAUGUCAGACCGGGUGGUGGAUGACCUGAACCCUGUGCUGACCUUCACCAGGAGGGAAGUGGAGUCUCUUCUUCACUUUGUGGAGGAGGAGCCAGCCCCCUCCCAGGUGCGGCUGCAGCCCCACGAUAGCUUGGAGAGCGUCCUCAGGAAGGCUCUGCACCUCUAUCCUCACCAGAUCACUAAGCAACCAUUCCCCCACGAGUCCCUGCUGAUCGACCGCAGGGAGCUGAGGCUGAGCAAGGCUGAGAAGAAAGCGGCGAAGAAAGGUUAUGAAGAUGAGAAGAGGGCGUCUGUGCCGUAUACCCGCCCUUCCUACGCUCACUACUACCCCGCCAGUGACCAGAGCCUCACCAACAUCCCCGCCUUCAGUCAGAGAAACUGGCGACCACCUCCUCGUACUGAAGAGAAGCCGGUGGCCAGUGUACGGCCUGUCCAGUCAACUCCAGUUCCCAUGAUGCCCCGACAGGCGUCUGCAGGUUCCGCCGCAGACAACGAGUCAUCAGGAUCCAGCCUCGGAGGUUUUCCUGUCAACUGCCUGCAAAAAGCCGGGGUGUUUGUGCAGAGGAUCGUCACCACCACUGACAUAGUGAUACCAGGCACCAACAGCUCGACCGAUGUCCAGGCCAGGAUCAAUGCUGGAGAGAGCAUCCACAUCAUCAGGGGCACCAAAGGGACUUACAUCAGGUCGUCUGAUGGUCGAAUCUUUGCGAUCAGAGCAGCUAAAGCAAAGAGUGCAGAGGAGAGUACUACAGCUCCACCCAAAGACUCCCAGGCUCUACCAGAGGAAGUGUCGACCAACGGCAGUAAUGGUUGCCUGUCACCUGACAGGAAGCAGCAGGGACCCUCCAAGCCUGUGCCCCGCCCUGUGUCACCUGACAGCCCGGAGAUCAUCAGUGAGCUGCAGCGCUACACAGGUGACAGCACGGCGGGCUCCGGAGCUCAACCUGAGCGGGCAGCAGAGAGCAUCAUGAACAACCUGCCUCCCACCAAAGUGGGAAAUAUGAGCCACCAUGAUGCCUCUGUCCAGCCCAAUAUGGACGCCACUGCAGCCCAAGACCUGAGAACAGGCUCCAAGCGCAAAGCCUCCACCCCGUCCCUGGAGGAGCGGCCCAGUAAGCAGCCAUCUGUAGGCAAACACUCCACCGCCCCUCUGGCCACACAAGGCUUCCCCUUCACCGGGGGCUACGGCCUCCCUCCUCUGGGGCUCAACCCCGCCAUGCUGGGUGGCUCACUGGGGCACCCGCUCUUCAUGGGGGCAGGCUCGCCUUACUUCCAGCCCGCUCACACUCAACUGGGGGACCCUGGUUACAUAUACCCAGAUAUGUUCGGCUUUGGCGGAGCCAGUGCAGUCCCCACCUCCUCUUCCUCCUCCAGCUCGACCACCACUACUGCAGCUGCCGUCUCAUCUUCCUCCUCAUCUCCUGCAUCAGUGAAAGCUGACAGCUCAGUUCCAGGAGCCCUGCCGCCGUUCAUGCUGAGCCCCAGCAUGGUGGGCAUGGCCGGGAUGCUCCCACCAGGCUUCCCACUCUCUUACAGUCAGUCUCUGGCGAGCCUCUACACGGGGUCGAUGCUCCCUGGCGGGCUGCCAGGUACGGCCGCCACUCCUGGUCCAGCUGGAGCCAGUUUCCUCUCCCAGUACCCUCCCACCGCCGCCUCCAGCUCCUCCUCAUCUUCUCCUUCCUCUUUCUCCCCUUCGGCGAGGUCCGACGGCCGCCACGGCCCGGUGCUGAUGAACGGCGGGAAUGUCAGCAGCGCCAGCAGCUCAGAUGAUGACGAUGAUGUAAUUGAGGUGAGGGGAGAGUGACAGGUGAAUGAUGAGGUCGUUUGAGCGAGCUUGAUUCAAUUUAAAAAUCAUCAAAAUAGGAUGACAUCUUCUUUGCCAGGAGGCAGGCUUCAGCGGGCGUGUGCCCGAGGUCGGGAGGAAAAAAAAGAGAGACAAUUGACGAGAUGACAACUGAGCCCCUGCUAAAGUGUUUCCUCUGUGCGCCUCUAUUGCCUUGGAGAAACAGUCGGAAUGGGGAUUGAACACAGGCUGGACACAGAGCGACGAAUCUUAAUGCUGACUGUCAGAAGAAAAAAAGCUUCAGAGGGAAAAAGAAAAUUAGAGGACUUUGGGCUUCCAAGUUUUUGUCCAAUACUGGCAUUGAAAUACUAAUCACUGGACUUAAAACUGCUGAGUGUGGGCCUGCAGUGACCACAAACGGCCACUAGUUGUAGUGUUGACUUUAGAGAUUCUAGUUGCAGCUUUGCUAAAUGUCGACUUUUUGCUUUUUUUUCCAGCUAAUUAAAAAGAUGACAGUAGGUUGGAGUUGGUUAUUUAAAAAAGAGGUUUGAUAAUUAAGGUAGCUGGUAGUAACAUUUGUUAAAUAUCAGUAAAUGAAAUUGUAUUGUUUGUCAGUUUUCGAAUAUUGCUACUGAAUAUUUCUUCAAAUGGAAAAAAAAAAGAUCAAACAGAACUUUUAAAAAGCAUUUUGAUUGAACUUAAUAAUUCACUGCCAGGACAGGGGUAAUGUACAUUUCUGUCCUUGAAGAAAAAGAAAAAGCGGGAUCACCUUGAAUUAUCGCAGAGGCUGUUGAGGCUUGUUGAGGCUUGUUGAGGAUGAGGUUUAAGACAAUUACUGAAACCUUAAAACUCUAAUGAAAGAAUGUAUGCUUAAUCAAAUGCCUUUAAACCAGGCCUUUUUUUGAAAAGACUCCUUUUAUUUAGGCAUCAGACGUGGGAAGAUCUGAUUUUUCUUCUCUUUUUUUGUGCAUUUUAUAUAUAUGUAAUCUCUUUUACUUUUGAAAGAAAAAUCAUUGCCUAAAAAAAACAGCCAGGUGACAAUGAGAAAAAAACUGUGUUGUUGUGAGGUGUCCUCCUCGUAGCGGAGAACCAACCAACCAACAGAAAAUGCCUUUUUGCCUCCAUCUUUCUGAAUGUUAACUGUGAGAGAGGAGAGGUAGAGAGAGACAGGCGGUCACUGCGGCUCUCUGAAUCUCGCCCACAGUCUUACUGUAGCCUAGCGAAAAGCGAUGCAAAACACUCACUCAAGCCUAUAUAUGUAUUCGUACGACCCCCGGAGAAAUGAAUCUUGCAGUUUUGGUUGCGCUUGUGUCGUUAACUGUGUUUCGUAUCUGUGUGUUGUGUUCUUACAAAGGGUUACAAAAGUGAAAUUGUGAAAAAAAAAAGAAGAAAACAAGUUUUGUUUGGUAACUCGUUCCGACGACGACAUAGAUUCCACCUCUUGCUCUUGCUGUUUUUAUUCCCCCUCUGUCUGUGUCUCAUCUCAUUCUGUGAAACCAAACUUUUUUUCUCGGAGAGAUGGUGUAGCUUUGCCAAAAACAGAAAAAUGCACAAAGCACAUCAGAGACCUCCGUCGAAGAGGAUUUUGUCUUAAGAGACCAAAUAAUGUCGUCAACGAUGUAGAGCAGAAUUGAAAAAAAAUCCACCGCAGCAACACGCUCUCACUACAGCAUCCUCACAGCCACAGUCGAGAAGUACAUAUCCAUCUCUCUGGAUGACUUGCAGGUAACACUGUACACUGUUCUGCACUGUAAAAGAGACACAAAUCUGUAUGCGUCUGUAGACCGGUUGAAAGCUGGGAAAGCUUCAGCAUGUGACCAAGUUCCCUUUAGAUUCACCAUAAACCAUCGUUCUGCUGUUUCCCCUCUGAUCACAUAAAAACUGAUGGUCUGCACUGUCCCUGUGCGGAAAAAUCUUCUCCUCCAAAAACGGCUGCAACAAGAGCUUUAAAACCCACCAGCUCUUUUUGUUGAAAACAAAGCGUCGACAAGUAAAAAGACUGAGCAUUUCCUGUUCUUACUCUUCCAUGUAUUUUGUUCUUGAAAUUGUUUAGUUUACUUAUGUUUUUCUUCUUUUUACAAUGUUUGAAUUUACCAAAUUAAUUUAUUUAUGAUGGUGCAUAUUUAUUCAUUUUUAUUUUUGUACAAUUUUUUUUUCUCUUGGUUUCCUUUUUUGUUGCUUUU